AAAAAAUUAUAAAUUCUUUUUUUCCUCAAGUUUCUUCCGAGCUCUUUUAAGAAUGGCAUAUCUGGGAAGAUCAUCUCCAACAUUAAAAGAAACAAUCCUCAAGAUAUACCGUGCUGAGAAACCUAUCGAGAUGGAUCAACAUUUCUAUGAGUUUGGUUCGAUUCAAUAUCACAUCAAGUGCUCCAUUUCGGAUCCAAAUAUUGUCUAUGUAUCGACGUUGACGUUGCUUGAGACACAAGGAACAGUGAUGUUAAAGGAGAUGUCAAGUCACACUUACGAGGUGAUUAAGAAUAUUGCAGUUGGUGUGAUAGAUAUUGUAGAUCCACCAAGAGUAGGGUUUCAGUUGACCCUUAAGCUUCAUCUUGAUAAUAUUCCACGUGGCAAAGAAGCGAUUAUAACCAUUACAAGGAUUUCUGAAAUACAAGCGAUAAUACUAAGUAGCCAAUUAAAAGAGAUGCUAAAAAGUUUGAAUUUUCAAGAUGAUUCACAAGCGAUGAACAGCAACAGACCCAUCAGGAUUGUUUAUCACCCAAGUGAACCUUUUUACGUCUCUAGACAGCCGGAGAAAAUUACGGCGGUGUUUCCAAUGAAUUUUAAAGACAACUCCGAUGUAGUCAUUGCUAUGUCAUUCUUCCAGGAACUAGUGGAAGUGGGAAGCCAAAAAGAAAUGGGAAAGGCACCACAAUGUAGUUGGUCACCAGUUCCUCCUUUCCAACUUAGAGGAGAACCGGUCCACGACUUAAUCACCAAUGCUGGUUUUGUCUCUUUUGAUAUCACUUCACGGCAUGUUGAAGGGAAGAGACUAGACAAAACGGUUUGGAAUUUACUAAAUUUCUAUGCAUACGUUAAAUACCAUAUUAAGUGCUCAAGAGGGUACAUACAGAGAAGGAUGAGAAAAAGAAUGGAAAGUUUGGUGAAGCAGUUAAAUAACACAAGGCUCGAAGAAGAAGCUCCUGAAAAGGAAAAUGGGGGAUGCAAAUACGUAAAGGAGCUUGUGAAGGUACCAAAAGGAAAAUUUAUGAUGCAACAAAGAUGCAAGGAUAUGACAAGGAGGGUGAGGAUAAGUAAAUUCCGGAUCAGAAUCAACGGAUGUGCUCGAUUUCGGUGGAUAUCUAUCCCCAAAUUCUCUUCGAAAUUCUCAAAUAAAUCAUACACAAAACUGGACUAAUUGCAAUCUCGUAACUACUAUAUAAACAUGUUUGCACACACACACAUAUAUAUGUAAUUUUAGAUUCAUUAUAUUACGACAAUGCAGCAAAAGUAACGAAGAGACAAUGAAUGCAUGCAUGUUACGUAAGAGCUAUAUUGUUUUGCACCCCAAAAAAGAGCUAUAUUGUUCAAGUGCCAUGUACAUCAAUCAAUCUUCUGUGAUUCUCAUUUUACGUUAUAAUGUUCAAUUUAUU